CUGGUGGGUUGCUCUGAUAUAAAAGCAGGCUGGCUUUAUCAGGGCAUGGGCACAAGUGACCAAACACUGCAAACAAAAUGCUGCUUCUAGCUUCAGCUUUUUUUCUAACACUACUGCAGUGCUUUAACGCCCAAAAUGAAAUAAGCUUUACACCUGCAGACUGUAGCACCAUUGAAACAGAUGCAGGAGUGGCCCUGGAUUUGGUCAACAGGCAUCGCAGAGAUGGUUAUGUUUUUGGUUUAUUCCGUGUUGCUGAUGCACAUGAACUACAUUUAGGAAAUUCAACGGUCCUCUACUUAACUUUGGAUGUGCUGGAAACUGAAUGCUCUGUCUUAUCCAGAAGACACUGGGAGUCCUGUGAAUAUAGUAACACCUAUCCAAUGGACUUUGGGCAAUGUAAGAUUAUCACAUAUACAAACCAUCUGCUGAAGAAACCUCAACUAUAUGGAUUUAAUUGUACAUUAAGUCCAGUUCCACCUGACUUAGUUGAGUGCAAAGAUUGUCCUGUGAAACUUGAAUCAUUAGAAGUCACUGAGCAACAUAAAGAUAUUGCUGCAAAGGCCCUGAAGAAAUUCAACAGUGAAGGUAACCAUACAAACAACUUCGCUGUGGAUAAAGUUGAAAGAAUUUUAAAGAUGACUGCCUCCCGUGAAGGUCACAUUUUAGGAUUUUCUAUAAAAGAGACCAACUGUUCAAAAUCUAUGCAGGAAACAGAUCAGGCAUUGGAAUGUGAUUUUCUUCAUGACUGGCAUGCUCACACUGGAUUCUGCAAGGCAAGAAUUAUCAGUGAUACAGAUGAAGCUGAUGGAAUAGAUAUAAGCUGUGAAAUCUACCAUCCCUGGCACCAUGGCUGUGGGCGAAGAUGGAAACAUUCAGCUCUGGGACAUCCACACAGACAUCCCCACUGUCAUCAUCAUUUUGGUCACAGACAUCACCAUAAGCAUCACCACAGACAUGAAUGCCACCCCUCUUCUCAGUCCAGACCUGAAGACCCUGAGCAUAACCCCAAAUCCAGCAAGGAAGUUCAAGACAAAGGACCUUCUUCUCCCCCUCCUCCCGAUAAUGAACCAGAUCAUCACCAUCCUACUGCACCUCCUCAUGAACCAGAUCAUGACCACCCUCCUCACCACCAUGGACCACCCUGCCCUCCUCCUCAUGGACCAGAUCACGACCAUCCUCCUCACCAUCAUAGAUGGCCCUGUCCCCCUCCUCCUGGAUACCCUCCUCAUCACUGUCAUCACUAUUACAGACAUCAUCACAACAAGACAAGCAUAUCAGGAAAGUAUUUUCCAUGCCAUGUAACAGGAGCUGUCUAUCGCAUCCCAGUUCCAAAUCAGCAACAUUCUCUCACACCUCCCACUGCAAACUUUCCUGAACUAUCCCAAUGCAACCUUCACUUUUCCAGCACUGGCUCAAAACUAAAGGAGAUGGCAGAAGCUCCAGGCUUUCCAGAUCUCCCUACAAAAUCAAAAUCAUGCCCCGGAAAACCCAAACUUGACCUUCCAAAAAUUUUGCCUUUAUUUCCUUAUAGCCUUGUAACAGAAAAUUCUCCUAUAUGACCUCAGAGAAAGAUGUUCUUGGCUCAAUAAUUUCAUGGGCAACCACAGUUCCUACAGUCAAUGAAAACAGCACAUGGAGAGGUGGAAAAAGCAUUCUGUUUCUAGGAAGGAGAAUCACUGAAAAUAAUCAUUACAUAUUUCAACCUGCUUCUUCAUCAUGGCUAUCUCAAGCUCCACUGUAACUGAAAGGCUCAAAAUUCUGAGUCCCUUAGGUAAUGUGAAUGGGUAAAAAUCUCCCCAGAAAAUGAUGGUACUUCAGUUCUAACAAAAAGGAAAAUUCUCUAAUAGUGCAAAUUACCAUCUAAAAUCUUUCUUUUUUCAUCAUUCAUAACUAUAAUGCACUUCUACAAGGAAUCUGACCUAGAGGAAAUUGGACUGUUUUCCAUAAAACUUAUAUUCAUGCUUUAUACAGAUUAAUAGAAAAUAAAAAUACAAGCAUUUUUUUCUUGACA